CCCAAAUCAUUCGUGCACUCCCUGGAAACCUCUGAAGCCAAGGAAAACCCUAGCCCUUCAUCGCCGCCGCCGUCCCCAGGUCCUCAGCGCUGCCGCUGCUUCCUCUUCCCCGUGUCGUUUUCAUCUUCCUCUUCCCCAGGUAGCUCGGCACGUCGUUUUCAUCUUCGCUGGCUUCUCGGCACGGAACCCAGUGAACCAGUGACUAAAGCAGUUUGAUGACCGGUCCGGUUUUUAGAACCUUGCUAAUGAGAGAUGCAGAAGAGGAAGAAAUUAAGCGAUGCUUUCAUUGGUGCGCAAGGGAAGAAGCAGCAUCAUGACGUCAUGCUCUCUAUUCCUUACUUCUUUUAAUUAUUACUCACUCCCUCUUCUUUCUCAUUCUCGUUACAACACUCUCUCACGCGCCCCUACACUCUCACGCGCCCUGGCUUAUCCGCAACCCUUUCCCGCAACCAUGCUGCCUCCUGGAUUUCGCGCUCUUUCUAACAACUUCUCAACAACCACUGAAGCUUCUGGAACCAUGGACUCUUCUGUCUCAGUUACUUACCUCUCGCAGCGCCAAGCCGCCGAGAUCGACGACACUCUCAUGGGCCCUCUUGGCUUCUCUGUCGACCAGCUCAUGGAAUUGGCUGGUUUGAGCGUCGCUACUUCCAUUGCUGAGGUUUACAAACCAGGCGAGUAUAACCGUGUUCUUGUCAUAUGUGGUCCUGGUAACAAUGGUGGCGAUGGUUUGGUGGCCGCUCGUCACCUGCACCAUUUUGGUUAUAAGCCCUCGGUCUGCUACCCCAAGCGCACCCCGAAGCCUCUUUAUGAAGGGUUAGUUACUCAGCUCGAAGCUCUGUCAAUCCCUUUCUUGUCAGUGGAAGAUCUACCUUCGGACUUGUCAAGUGACUUCAGCAUUCUAAUUGAUGCGAUGUUCGGAUUCUCAUUUCAUGGUUCUCCAAGACCUCCUUUUGAUGAUUUGAUCCAAAGAUUUGUUACCUUACAAAAUUAUAAUCAAAGUGGCCCGAAAAGAUCAGUUAUUGUCUCUGUAGAUAUUCCAUCUGGAUGGCAUGUCGAAGAAGGAGAUAUAAAUGGUAUAGGCCUUCAACCUGAUAUGCUGAUUUCUUUGACAGCUCCGAAAUUAUGCGCAAAGAAGUUUAGUGGUCCUCACCACUUUCUAGGAGGUAGAUUUGUCCCACCUGCUAUUGCAGAAAAAUAUAAGCUUUUACUUCCACAAUAUCCUGGAACUUCCAUGUGUGUCCGAAUUGGAAAGCCGCCUAAAAUUGAUAUUUCAGCUCUAAGAGAGAACUAUAUCUCUCCAGAGUUUCUUGAAGAGCAAGUGGAGGCAGACCCCAUUAAUCAGUUCCAUAAAUGGUUUGAUGAUGCAUUAGCUGCUGGUCUGAAGGAACCAAAUGCUAUGGCAUUGUCAACUGUAGGGAAGGAUGGAAAACCCUCAUCAAGAAUGGUAUUGCUAAAAGCUGUGGACAAGGAUGGUUUUGUGUGGUACACAAACUAUGAAAGUCAUAAGGCACGUGAUUUAUCUGAAAAUCCUCAUGCUUCACUUCUUUUUUACUGGGAUGGUCUAAACAGACAGGUAAGAGUGGAGGGGUCUGUUCAGAAAGUAUCUGAUGAGGAAUCAGAGCAGUAUUUCCAUAGCCGUCCUAGAGGAAGUCAGCUUGGAGCAAUAGUUAGUAAGCAGAGUUCUGUAGUGCCUGGAAGGCAUGUUCUUCAUCAGGAGUACAAAGAGCUUGAGCAAAAAUUUUCUGAUGGAAGUUUGAUCCCUAAACCUAAGAAUUGGGGAGGAUACAGGCUAACACCAGAGCUUUUUGAAUUUUGGCAAGGACAGCAAUCUCGCUUGCAUGACAGGUGUGGGCUGUUCCCUCGUUUAUGACAGGUUACAAUAUUCUCCCCACGAGGUCAAUGGACAGAAAGUGUGGAAGGUUGAGCGGUUGGCCCCCUAAUCUAAUUUUUUCAAUAUAUGUCAAUGAAAAGUAAGAGGUUUUUUCAGCAUUUAUCUCAGGCCUCAAGUACAGAAAUUUUUCAGAUGGAUGAGCUUUGAAAAUUUGUAGAAUUUACAAUUAAAAGUGACAUACAAUUAUACAAAGACAAUAAUAAUAAUGCUGAAAGAAGGCUGGGAUAUCAAAUCUAAUAAAUAGAUCUGUUUAUAUCAAA